AUGCCCGACCAAACAGCCCAACCUCACGCCACGACCACUCGACCAGUGGUACUGAACCCCCUGACCAAUGCUUUCUCCGAGAUUGUUCGUGGGGUAGCGGACUCAUUCCGCACGCUUCGAUCGGAUAUCCAAGAGAGAUUUUCUCACCUCGAGUCAGAGUUGGAUGAGAAGAACAGAAUGAGAGAAAGGGCAGGAAAGAUUCACCUCAAUCUCCUAGAGGAAAGGGUCAAGGAGGUUGAGGCGCGUCUGAAUAAUAUGAUGGAGGAUCAGGGUAGACGAGAGGCCGAGCUACACAGCGAAAUCAAGGACCUAAAACGACAGAAUCAGUCGAUCCACGAUCAACUCAGCCAUCUCAUUGCUGAACGGAUGGCCAUCGAGACCUCUACCGCCCAACACGUCCCUCGGCCUACCUUCCAACCUCGCGCCAGCCGGGACCAGGCUCACCCUUCGCCUGCGGCUCCAAGCAAUCUCUCCCGCAGACGAGCCGUAGCACAAGAACGCGACCACCUUCAUGAUGAGAGGCUCUCUGAGGCAAAGAUGGAGCCUGGACCAAGGAUGAAGAGUGGUGACAUGAGAAAACGGUUUCGGAACGACGAUGAAUGCGAAUCAUUUCUACAAGACGCACGCCCUGCCCUAAGUUCGGCAACCCCCCGGUAUUCAGGAGUUGACUGCCUCCUCACCGUCGUCUCGCGAAUUUACAGUCACUUGAUGCUCAGCCCGAAUGGCCUUGGCAAGAAAGAAUGGUUUGCCGCAGCAGAGUCUGAGAACCCAAUCCUUACUCACGCUUGCGAUAUGUUUCGUCAAGGAGACCAGAAGGCCAACGACAUCAGGAUGGCGCUUUUUGAAGCCCUCUGUGGGUCUGGUAUUUCUGGUACUGAGUCUUUUCAUCAUUUAAAUCGUUCCCCACUGAUGGCAAGAACAUUUUGGGGUCAGAGUGAGUUGGUCUUGUUCGAUCCCACGUGGAAUGAGGAGAGCUUUGCAGAGACUCGUCUCACGCGACAACAAGAUGGCGAAAAGAGCCUGGUGCAAGUCUUGCGAUUUGGCCAAGAGACUGUGCAAGGUCGGCUUGAUGAGCUAUUCGGUAAAUACAGGUCCGAUGAUGGAAGAUCGUACAAUAUUUUGGCACCGUCUAGACCCAACAUUCUCAGGGUCGAGUUUCAAUACCACUCGAGCGAUGCUAGCCAUCGACCAACUUUCGACAGCUUUCGAAAGGUCGAUUUUCCGGUUUGGACCUGGCACAAUGAAGAGGGGGGUGCAUACUUCGAUACAACUGGACGGGUACCAUAUGUACUCAUUGCUGUGGUCCGGCACAGACACGAAUCAUUUGGCCAUGAUUUGAUCCGCACAUACCGUGCCUACGGGGUCGAAAUCCUGCCCGAAUACGAGCCGGAGACCUUUACUCCAGGUUCAUGGUCUCUUGAAGACGCUGGUCCGAAUACCUACACCCUAUUUUAUGGUCGAUUCUAUCCAGGGAUGCCCCUGGCACCAUUCCCAGAGGUGGAUAACCAGGUCAACGACAUCGGUUUUGAUCACCAUGAAGCGGGAUCUCCAUAG